AUGUCUCACUGCGGCCCUUUGUGCCAGUAUUUCAUAUCUGAAAUAUCUGCUGGCAUCCGGCUGCAGUCGGAGCCAGUUUGCCAUGGAGCUGCAAGAAUGGGGAACAAACAGACCAUCUUUACAUCCCAGCAACUGGACGCAUAUCAGGACUGCACUUAUUUCACCAGAAAAGAAAUUCUGAGACUGUUUCAUCGAUACCGUGAUUUAGCUCCGCAGCUCGUGCCGCUGGACUACAAGAACCAACCGGAAGUGCGUUUGCCCUACGAGCUGAUUGGCAGCAUGCCGGAGCUGAAGGACAAUCCGUUCAGGCAGAGGAUCGCUGAGGUUUUUUCAGAGGAUGGAGAAGGAAACAUGACUCUGGACGACUUUCUGGACAUGUUUUCAGUGCUGAGUGAAAUGGCACCACGGGACCUGAAGGCCUAUUACGCUUUUAAAAUCUAUGACUUCAACAACGAUGACUUCAUCUGUAAAUCAGAUCUGGAGAAAACCUUAAAUAAACUGACGCGUAACGAGCUGACCGAGGAUGAGGUGAGGAUGGUGUGUGAGAAGGUGAUGGAUGAAGCUGAUCUGGACAAUGACGGCCGUCUGUCUCUAGAGGAUUUCCAGCACAUGAUAGUGAGAGCGCCUGACUUCCUCAGCACCUUCCACAUCAGGAUAUGAAGAUCAUCUGGACACUGAAUGACAGGAAAAUCACUUUCUAAAGAUGAUGUAAGAUCUUUCCCUGCAGAUUCAGAAGUCAGCUUCUGAGCAUAGACUUCAUCUGGAGGUCAAAGGUCAAGAGCAGAAAGGACAGGUGUUUCGGCCAAGGAUGGAGAACGCAGGAGACAGGAACAGGAAAUGACAGACAGAAAAAGAAAGGAAACAGUAAGUUCAACAGGUCCAAGUGGACAAAACACUGCACAGUAAUGCCUACAAAUGCUGUCUAGUUAGGCAGCUCACUAGAUAAAAGAAAGAAGAAAAAGAAAAAGAAAAGGGGCAAGGAAGAAGUAACAUGGGGGAAAAAAUGCUGUAAAAAAAAAGGUGUAAUCCUAAACACUUGUGCAAGUGCAGUAUUAUGUCAUUAAGUUAUUUUUUUAAUUAUAUCAAUUAUAUAUUUAAUAUUUAUAUUUAUUGUAAUAUGUAUCUAAUAUUAAUUAUUAAAUAAUUAUUAAAAUUCAAUUUCAGCUGUAAAGCAACAGAAGAUACUAGUUCUUAGAUAUAACAAUGGUAAUAUUUUAUUCAUUUUUAAAUUUAUAAAUAUUUUCUACAUAUAUAAACCAAUAAUUACAAUUGAUCCAAUAUUAAUUUAUUAAACAUUCAACUUCAGCUGUAAAGCAGUUCUACAGAAGAUAAUU